AUGACUCGGGACACCAAGAAAGCUUUUGAUAUCAGCAACCUCAUGUCUCCUCCUGAGCCAUUGCCCUAUGAAAGCUUCAACCAGGGUCAGCAAAAUUCUGUGCCGAUGACUUCCGGUAAGCAUCACGCACACGAAGCGACCAAGCCUAGCAUGCCAAUGUCGCCUCCUGUCUCGCCCUACAUCACAGGGUCGAGCAAUGUUCCCGUACCUGGAACACCAGCUAAAGACCCGAUUUUGUAUCCUCGCGACGAUACCGUUUCAAGCCCAACCCAGCCGCCUCUGUUCCCAAGCACCGAAUCAAUCGAGCACCGUCGUAUCGUUGACGAACACAUUGUUGCGCGACCUCCUGGCCUUUUUCGCGAGGGCUCGCCUCCCCAGAGAGAGGAUUACGAACUGGCCCUGCAACUGAAGUCCCAGGUUAUGAGAUUGUUUGCCAACAGAAGGAAGUCAUGGUACGAGAAGGAGAGGGAACAGGUCAGGGCAGACCGAAAGCUGAACCAUGCUCGGUGGAACAGCGUCGUGCGAUAUCAGAACAUCGCCCCAGCCAAGUCUACUCCUAACAAGGCAACGAAACCUACCCCGGCCAAACCCAAGGUCACUUCAUCUACCAACUCAAAGCCCGACCGUAUUGUCAAACCUCAGGCUCCUCGACCUGUGCGUAGCAGCCCUCCGACUCGUCACAUUCGCCGUGUUAGCGCCACGCCGGAUCCUGCUCGUCGUGUAGUUGCACCGAACAGAGAGGACCGCGACUUCGCAGCGCUACCCGACUAUUGCCCUCCACUAUCUUCGCUACCUGAAAAAUCAAAUUCAUUGAAGGUGGACUGGAAGGGCGCUCCUAUCGACCUCAGCGACGACCCCAACGUCCACUUACUCCACCCCGACGAAGCCAGCCUCGCAGCCAAUCUUCGGCUCGAUUGCGCCACCUAUCUUACGAGCAAGCGGCGCAUCUUUGUUCGUCGGCUAGAAUGUGCGAGAGUUGGCAAAGAGUUCCGCAAGACCGACGCUCAGCAGGCCUGCAAGAUUGAUGUGAACAAAGCCUCAAAGCUAUGGACGGCUUUCGACAAGGUCGGCUGGCUCGAGCUGAAGUGGAUGAGCAAGUUUGUUUGA